AUGGAUUUGCUUUCCGAGCUGACACAAUUGAUUGGUGCGGCAGUCAUUUAUUUCAUCCCAUCUUUUCCUGAGACUGGAAAGGCGGAGAUCGUGGCGGAGAUCGUGGCGAAGAUGGUGGUGGAGCGUGCCGUGUGGUACAUGUUGUUGACACCUGCGGAACCUGAUAUUAGGGCCUCUAGCAUCAACUCUGAAAAUCAAUAUACGAAUAAUGUUUUAGAAACUCCUCUAUACUGCCGAAGACUCAUAUAA